AUGACCCGUUCAUGGCUUUUCCGCACCUUUGACCAUUCGUUCCUUUUGAAAUAUGCCGCCGAAUUUGCGCAGCGGGUUCUUACCCACAUCAUCCGAACCGGCCCAGUCCCGAAACAUAUUGCACUCAUUAUGGAUGGAAACAGAAGAUUUGCCAAACAAAACAACUUGCAAUUGAAAGACGGGCACAUCGCAGGGGCCCAAUCCCUCGCUAAAAUGCAGGUUUUGGAGGCAUCGUACAAGUUUGGAAUCGACACCGUCACCGUAUAUGCCUUCUCGAUCGAAAACUUCAACCGACCAAAGGCCGAAAUCGAUACCUUAUUUGGGAUGUUGAGGGAGAAGCUCCAGACUUUAAACGAUUCAAACUUCACGGGCAAGGAAGGCUUGAGAAUCAGGAUUAUCGGAAACAAGGGUAUGAUUCCCGAGGACAUCCUCACGGAUCUCAUGCGGAUCGAGGAUGCUUCCUCCAAGGAGUAUACGUACACCCUCAAUGUCUGCUUUCCAUACACGUCCCGCGACGACAUCGCCAAUUCCAUCAAGACCGUGCUCCAUAAAGUGGACAAGGGUGAGCUCUCUAUUGAUGAAAUUGACCAGAAAGUAUUGUACGACAACAUGUAUUUCGGCGCAGACUCCCCCCAUGUGGACAUUUUGAUCAGAACCAGCGGCCACACCCGUUUGAGCGACUUUAUGUUGUGGCAGUCCAACUACAACUCCACGAUUGAGUUCGUGGAUGUGCUAUGGCCCAAUUUCAACUUUGUGCGGAUUGCCAUGGUCAUCGUCAAGUGGAGUUACUACAAGACGUUGAUGUUAGAGUGA